AUGGCCCGCCAAUCGAACUCCUACUGGGAGCUGGAAGAGUACAGCCUUCUCGGGCCCAACACAACCCUCUACAUGCGGGCGAGAGCACUCGGCUGCGGACCAGAAGCCAAGGACUGGACGGUGGAAGACUUGAGUGCGUGGCUGCGCCGCCGCGACCUACAGCUCGCCGAUUACGACAACUGCCUCAACGACGAGCUGGCCACCUUCAUCCGCGACCGUCUAAUCCCCAUCUUCCCAGCAACGCCGCAAGAACCUAUCAGGGAGAAGAAGAAACCGUGCGUCUUUCGCCGUCGUGCAAUCGAAGCACUAGAAGACGCCGACCAUGCCUUGUCGUUCCAUCGCUUCCUCGACCUGCCUCCCGAGCUCCGCAACAGGGUCUACGAGCUUCACUUCGAAGACUUCCCGCGCGCCCUGAAACUUCCAGCGAAGCCACCGAUUGCGUGCACAUCACACUUCGUCCAACAAGAGGCCUUGCCAGUAUUGUACGCAAACCACGAGAUCAUCCUUCCCUUCAAGAUGGUGGCAAACCGGACGCACGGCGACAGAUGGAAGUACGAAGGCAGUAGCGUUCCCUCGCAGCACAAGCACCGUAACACAAAGUCCGUGAUCGAAACCGCGCACACCGCGCUGUUCCUACAGCAAAUGCGACCCGAGCACUUCCAAUAUCUUCGCAGGAUUACCAUACGCAUUCCCAACGAAGAAUCGUCGACCCUGAGCGACGAAGAAGAAGAAGACUUCCAAGAACUGAUCAUCAGGAUUACGCUGGGCAAAGCCGCGGGGUCGUACUGUGUUACAGUCGUAGACCACGAUCCAGCCUUCGACGACGACGCAGAAUGGACCGGCUCAUACGAAGACAAAGUGAAGAGCGAAGUCGAGGCGGUGCUGGACAAGGUGGCAGCUAGAGGCGGCAUGUUAAGGCUCACUGCUAACGACAUUCACUCGAUAAGGCCUGCCAUCACGCGUGGCUACGAGAAGUUCAACGACUGGGUUGGGUCGACAUACUGGCCAUAUUAA